AUGCCGUCUCUCCGAACGACCGUCUUGGCUGUUGCCGCCUCUUGCGUUGCCGUUGUCAACGCUGACUACUACAUCGAUCCCGACAGUGUGCCCAUCUCCCAGCGACAAGUUUGGUGCCGGACUACCAAGGAGUCAUGCCCGCUCAUCUGUGAGCAGACCAGUAAGGGUGAGCCCAAGGUGAACAGCUGUGAUCCUGAAACCCUCACCUACGGCUGCAUUUGCAGCGACAACAAGCAACCCAACGUGUCGGAGUACUCCCUGACUAUUCCCUACUACGUCUGCCAGGAAUGGGGCAACCAGUGCGUUGAGGACUGCAAGGGAAGCAACGCUUGUGCUUCUUCUUGUCGAGAGGACCACCCCUGCGGUGCCAGCAACCCCAAGAAGUACAACACAACCGCGACUGCCACUACUGGCACUGCAGCCGUCAAGGCCACAGCCAGCACAACCGACGAUGCCGACACCCUCUUCACUGGCAACCCCGGUGGCGAAGACUCCAACUCGGACAGCUCUACCACCAAGAACGGCUCCUCAGCUCUCGAAGCCGGCCGAACAUGGGGUCUGGCGGUCGUGCUGAGCACCAUGUUUGUGGGAUUCGCGAUGCUGUAAGAGGAUCGCAUUCGCCUUCAACAGGGUGGGGAACAGAACCACUGAUGCAUUUGGGUGUUUUUGAUUCGUUUCGAUUCGAUUCGCUUGUGUUUGUUUGUUUGUUUGCUCAUACAUUCCUUGAGAGCCUCGGACGUCUAGGUGUUGGGUUAGCUUCUGGUGGCACGGCAUUAUUGAUUGAUUUCAUGUUUUUCGACUUGGGACAUGGGAAGCGCAUGUCCCCUUUAACUAAUAGGGAUAAUGAUGGUGGCAGAAAAGAGGGAGAAUCAAAGAUGGCCAGCUGCAAUGUUGCAGUUGAAACCCCAAAGCUUGCGUCUGCGUGACAUUUG